AUGGGGAAGCUACUGAGCCUGCUGGCCCGGGAUGAAUCAACCUGCUGCACACCGAAGACCUACGACGUGUUUCUGGACUUUGAGAACGCCGCCCCGACCGACCUGGAGCGGGAAGUGUACGAGGAGGUGGAUCACGUUCUUCGCCAGUCCGAGAUUGUGCUCGACGAGAUCCAGUGCUACAAGGGUGCCGGCAAAGAGAUACGGGAAGCGAUCGCGGACCCAUCGCCCGAGUGCCAGGAGAAGGCGUGGAACAUUGUGAUACCGCUGGUGGAGAAGCUGAAGCGCUGCUACGAGCACUCGCUCGAGCUGGAGCGGAUCGUCCCGAAGCUGCUCGGGCAGCUGGUCGGCGGUCGCCUCAAUCCGACGCAGCACCUCGAAACGCAGCAAGCCCUCGUGAAGCAGCUGGCCGAGAUCCUGGAGUUUGUCCUCAAGUUCGACGAGUACAAGAUGAAGACACCGGCAAUACAGAACGACUUUAGCUACUAUCGGCGCAUCGCCAGCCGGCAGAGGUUGGACCAGACGAACGAGAUGGUCAUCAGCACCGAGCUGGCGAACCGGAUGUCCCUGUUCUAUGCCCACGCCACGCCCAUGCUGAAGGUGCUGAGCGAAGCGACGUCCAAGUUCGUGCAGGACAACUCCGACAACGUGGACAACACGACCGAAACGCUCGGCACGAUGGCCAAGGUGUGCCUGCGGAUGCUCGAGAACCCUAAACUUUUGGCCCAGAUCGAACGCGAAGAGACACACCUGCUGCUGCUGCGGGUAAUGGUUGGGCUGGUGAUCCUGUACGAUCACGUGCACCCGGUCGGGGCGUUUGCGCGGGGCGCACACGUCGACGUGAAGGGCUGCGUCCGGUUGCUGCAGGCACAGCCGGCCGUCAAGGCGGAACCCCUGCUGAACGCACUCCGCUACACGACCAAGCACCUGAACGAGGACAACACGCCGAAAAACAUUCGCAAUCUGCUCGCGGCCUAAGCGCGACCAACCGACCCGAACGCUAGAGAACUACCACUACCAUCGCUACGAAGCGCGAGCGAGCGAUCGAGACUACUAUUUACUAAUUCAGGACCGGAACCGGAAGAGAGACGUGUAAAAACCUCAGCGCCCUUCUUCUUCGUUCGACGAUCGUUCGACGAUCGUGCUUUAAAUUCGAAACGCGAAACAAUCGGAGCUACUUACGCUACGCGCUGUUACUACUACUUUUUUCUUCUUGGUAGAUCGAUCGGCACCAGACUGGAUCAACGAAAAGAAGGUGGAAAGGAGGAAGGUGUGGUGUGUGCGGAAAACAAAGAUUUUUUUAGUAACUUAACAAACAAACGCAUAAACAUAUUAAAUAGGCAUUUAAGCGAGAAGCACCCCCAGCCCUGCUGCUAGUGGAGUCCGUGCGUCCGAGAUGAGAUGAGCGAGAGCGAGCACCUUUAUAAAUUGUAAAUGUAAAGUAUGUGUGAAGGAUCGCGCGAUCGUGAAUGAAAUGGUUAGAAUUGGAAGCUAGCAAAUAGAACCGUGUGUGAUACCCCUUGGUGAUCGAGGAGAGGCGAGACCGCAGGCGGAUGAAGGGCUGGCGAAACUAGGGCUGGCGCAUUACUAGGCACACAUUAGGAGCAUUAUUAUUGCGCGAUGCUUGUUAUCUGGCCCCUGGCCGGGCCGGUACGGAGGUCGGGAAUGAAGAGGUCUCAUUGAAACUCAAAACCGGCGAACACGAAUCGAACGCACGAAAGCCAAGCUCUGUUAACGAAACGCUGCAGACUAAUAAUUUACAGACGCGCGCCACGUCAAAAUAUCAAAUAGGGCCAGGCGCUAGGGAAUCGAAUCCAACGAAUCGCACACAAUUCCAACCCAGACACACUGCCACGGAUUCAGAUGUGUUCCUCUUUAUCUUACAAACGGCCGAGUAAUGGCAUGAAACGAAAUUUACUACAAAAACGGAAACAACACGACGCAACCUGGAAAGGAAGUGCACAACAGAUAACGGCCACGGAUAGGCGCGCUGAUUGGGUUUCUCGGUUCGGAUUAAGUAGACUUGUCGCAGCAUUGUUUUCGUCCCACCCACCUUUUGUUUUGUAGCUAAAUUUUUAAAUCGAAUUAUAAACCAGUACGACUAAAAACCGUGACGCGCGCCGACGGGUCUCGGUACGAUAACAAGUACAAUUUAGCUAAAUUUAUUCGCAAGGAAGCGGGCGGGGAACUCAUCGUUGUUGCUGCCGGCCACACUCCGUUCCUCUUGUUCUGCCCUCUGUCUUAGUUCGCGGGCGGCCAACAUCCGCUGCGCGAACCGCUUUUCUCUUUGCUCGCAUCGUCCUGCGUCGGAACGUUAGUUAAAUGUUAUCGAACACUAUCGUACGAAUCAACCGAUCGCGAGGCCCGCGCGAUUUUUCAGUUCACUUCGUUCCGGGGAGGGAUCGCUUUUUGUGAGACGAAAAGGAUCAACCGGGAAGCGGAGGCCCGCGCUCCGACGGCCGCGUGGCGCGAGUGUUUGAGGAUAUAUAUAUAUAGAUACAUAAAGUGAAUUAUAUGUAUGCUAAAUAGUAGUUAUUGUGUACCGUGGAGCGGCAUUACCGAAUCGUCAGCACGGCACGGGGCACGAGAAGGGAUCGAGUGAAAAGCGAGAAUGGAUACGCGAGAGAAAGAGUUUUGGACGAAUGUUGCGCGCGCGAGGAUGCGGUUCUGUUUUUAGGAUGAUACAGAAAUAAAC